AGUACGAGCUCUCUGAAGAGGAUUAUUCGCUCGUCAAAUUCCGCUGAUGAAAAGCCAAAAGCUCCAUCCAGGACUCAGCAGCGUUAGUGUGAGUGCACACACCUGUGUGCUGCCGGCUGCCUCUUCCGCUGUGGUCAUCCGGCGAUGAGUAGAGGACUUCAUUAAAACAACUACACACACUCACUCGUGUCUGCGACUGAAGAGGAAAGUGUGGAUCACUCUUCGGAGCAGGAGGAAGAGGAGGAGGGAGGUGUAUCAGUAGGGGACAGACAGCAGACAUCAGUCGGAUAAACAGACUUCCGUCAAAGCCGCGGUGAAUACCGGUCAUCACCUUGCCAUGGGCAAUAAUGUAUCCGGUCUAUCGAUGCUGCAGAGAGGGCAACAGCAGGGGUUUCACAGACUGCGAAACUCUCACAAAGACUCCCUUGGCGGUCCUUUCCCAUCCACAUCACACCGAUGUCACCACAAACCCAAGAGGUGCCUGCCUAUCCAGUGUGGCACUCUUGGUGGGCCCCAUCCCAUCAGCCCGCUUCUCUUCCAUCCAAACGCCAAGGGAUCCCAAAUCGUCAUGGACCUUGCCCAGAAAACCGUGAAAAGGCAGGCCAGUUUCUGCAACGCCAUCACCUUCUGCAACAGACCCAUAGCCCUGUAUGAGCAAGUCCGCCUCAAGAUUACUAAAAAGCAGUGCUGCUGGAGUGGGGCUCUACGUCUGGGCUUCACCUCCAAAGACCCCGCCAGGAUAAACCCAGACAACCUGCCCAAGUAUGCCUGCCCCGACCUGGUGUCCCAGAGUGGCUUCUGGGCGAAGGCCCUGCCUGAAGAGUUUGCCAACGAGGGCAACAUUAUCGCAUUUUGGGUCGAUAAGAAGGGCAGAGUCUUCUACCGCAUUAACGAGUCCAGUCCCAUGCUGUUCUUCAGUGGGGUCCGCACAGCUGAGCCCCUCUGGGCCCUCAUUGAUGUUUACGGUCUGACCCGCGGAGUGCAGCUGCUAGACAGUGAGAUUGUUCCUCCCGACUGCCUGCGCCCACGCUCCUUCACCACAGUGCGCUCCUCCUCUCUGCGGCGGGAGGCUGAUGACUCGCGCCUGUCUGUCAGCCUGUGUGACCUCAACCUGCAGCAGGAGGACGGACGCUCCACCCACACUCAGUCCCAUCGUCACACGCUCCACCUGGCUUCUGCCUCCUCCUCCUCCACCUGCCCUAUACCGCAGAACUCCCUCAACUCCCAGCAGUCCUCUCUGCUGCCGUCCGCCCUGGAGAGCGACCUCCACUUCCACCAGCUGCGGGGCGCCCACAUUAAGACGCUGGAUGAGCAGACGGUGGCACGAUCUGAGCACGCGCGAGAGGAGCGCACGCUAGUGUUCACUAACCGGCCCCUGCGCACCGGAGAGACGGUCUUCAUCAAAGUUACCAAGUCCAGCCCAGCACGCUCGGGCUCCUUGUCCUACGGGGUGACGUCCUGUGACCCCGCGGUGCUGCGCCCCAGUGACCUGCCCUACAAUCCAGAGGCUCUGGUUGACAGGAAAGAGUUCUGGGCGGUGUGUCGAGUGCCGACGCCCCUCCAAAGCAGCGAUAUCCUGGGCUUCUUAGUCAACCAGGAAGGGGAGGUCAUCCUCAGCCACAACGGCACCAAUGUUGGCAUGCAGGUGUGUGUGGACAACUCCCGACCACUCUGGAUGUUCUUUGGCUUGCACGGGGCUGUGACCCAGCUGAGGAUUCUGGGUUCCACUCAUGUCGGGGAUCCGCGGACCACGUCGAACCCCAGCUCACCCUCCUCCUCUCCACACACCCCCAGCACCCUGGGCAGUGGCAGCUCUGAUCCAGUUCUGAACGGAGGCCUGUGCUCUGCGGCGUACUGCAGCUCAGCAGGGGGAACAAACCCAAAUUCACCAGUCAGCCUCCCCAAAUCGCCUACGUUCCCAGCAUGCCGUGGGACUUGGUCCGAUGAGUGCUCUAUCUGUUAUGAGAAUAUGGUGGACACGGUCAUCUACGCCUGUGGACACAUGUGUCUGUGCUACACCUGCGGCCUCAAACUCAAGAAGAUGUCCAACGCCUGCUGCCCCAUCUGCAGAAGGCAGAUCAAAGACAUUAUCAAGACCUACCGGAGUACGUAGGGGGACAGACGGACAGACAGACUCUCUAGGAACAGCAGAAUCUCAGAGUCCGGGAAAGAAACGUCUAUGUUCAGGGAAUACGAACUCUGGUACUCUCAAUUAGGAUUUUCAUACGUGUAUUGUUGGCUGGUUCUCUUGAAUGACUUUUUCCAAAGCAAGUACUGCUUUACUUGAAAGGUCUCUUUCACUUGAUAGUCGCUGUCACAACCUCCCUGCAGAGGUGGCACUUGAUGUGGCAGUGGGUUUCCACAGAGAACUUAAUUCUUACCCGCAGAGUGUUCACUCUCUCCUAUGAUCUUGGAGGACUUUGAGGGAGAGAAACUGAACCUAUUCCAAAAUUAUUUCAUCUCUGGCGCCAUGUUAAAGAUUUAGGGGAGUGCCACCCAUUUGCGUCAGCGCAAAUGAGCCACUUUGGGGCUGAAAGUCUCAGUAAUCUCAGAGGACGACUCGAAGCUCUGAAAUAUGGCCUCACACCACAGCAGGUAAUCAUCUCAGUAUGUCACAACUUGUGUCUGUGUGUUACUGAGAUUUGGAGAAGAGAAGUCACUGUAAUACUGGAGUGAUGGAUUUCUGUAUUUGUUGUGGUGAUUAUCAGUGAGUGAUGUGCUUAGAGACGCAAGGCGGUGCUGAGUAUAUUAAGUAGGAUUGUAACACAUCUCGUGCUCGUAUAAUCUAAUGUACCGUCAUGGUAGUUCUAUUGCAAAUGUCGGUGGUAGCUAUAUUGUUGUGCUAGCUAGCUGCUUGCUCUGCAAUGUGGUAUGUUGCACUGAAAUCAGCCUCGUCCUCUCAGAAAUGCCCCAUUAUAGACCGAGAGAAUGAAAGACAUUAAUAUUUAAACAUCUACCAACC